CUACUGUAACCACCACGACAACCGUCUCUCUCUUUUGCUCCCUUGCCCGCUCGUUCCGUUUCAUUUUCCAAUCACAGCGGGCUGGCUGGCCCCACCGAAUCGAGCGCACACAAUGCACAGUGGACAAAACGGCAUGCAAUUCAUUUGGACAAAAAAAAAUCCGUCAACCGAACCAUUGACAGCACGGCGCGUACGAAACGAAGAGCAGCAGCAGGAGCAGCAGUCACAGCUUGCUUCCUCACACACACACACGCUGCUCGUAACGGUGAGCGCACGAUAAGAGAGCCCUGUGCUUGCUUUUAACACCGAAAAUUCCACCCCGUGUGCGUGUGUAAGAGUGAAACGAUUGGCAAACGCGCGCGCUCUGCCACCAGGCCCACCACCAAUCGAACAGGGCCGUGCGUGCGUGCGUACAUUGUCCAGCAAAAGUUGCUCUCACACCAACAACAACAACAACAGCAACAGCAGAAAGUAAUAGUAACGGUCCACAUUCGCGAAGACGUUCCCCCAUUUCCAGAACCGCUCUGGUGUUUUUUUUUUUGUUUGUUGCGGUUCUCUCUUUCUCUCGUACUCUCCCUUGUACGGCACGGAUUGUAUUCUUACUGCCGUUUUAUUCUCGCUCGAUCUCUGCCAUUCUCGCAAACGCGGUCAGAAGGGUGUGUGUGUGUGUAUGUGUGUACGUGCGUGUGUUUGGAUGCGUGCUCGGUCGAGCAACGACGGCCUGUGAUUUAACCUCCCUCCCCCGUCUCGUUCACACACCUUCCCGCACUGCACCUUCGUGUGUGUGUGUGUGUGUAGCCGUGUCGUUGUCGUGUGUUCGUGCGUGAAGCCAAAUCCGGUGUUCCAUCCAUCCGUUCGUACCAGUGCCAGUGGCUCGAUCGAUUUGCUGUUGCGAAACUACAAUCGCGGGUGUGUGUGUGUGUGCGUCACCACUACACAGUUGCAAAAAGGAGUGCGGGAAGGGAGCCGACUAAUCUGCUUCCGGGGUGCGGGGGUUCCUCCCUACUAUCAACUGUCGCUGCGCGGGGAACCAAGCCCCAGCGAGGUCCAAUCAACCCCCGACAGUGCAGCCGACCAUCAACCUUUGCGCGGAUGCGGGCCUGGUACAGUCGACCGAAUUGACCGAAUGCGGUCAACAGUCGGUGGAGCAAACCGAAAUCGCUGACCAGCUACGCCCGCCUCUUCCCCGGCCAUUUGGCAGCAGGGAAGGAAGGAAAAGGGAAACGCGCGAUCGAUCAGGUGUUGCGAAACACGCGCACACCGAGAGAGAGAGAGAGAGAGAGAAAGGGGAAAACGGUGUGUGUCCUUCAACCUUUCGCGCUACCAUCCGAACGGCGACGCUGGAAGCAGGCCAGGCGAAACACGACGUAAACACAAAGGCAAACGGGACAGGGGCGGACGUGCAUGAAUGCAAGGGACGAACCGACGAACCCUUAACAAGCCGGCGAAUACGCAACAGCAGCAGCAGCAAAGGACAGGAAGCGCUUAAGAAGAAGCCCCGGGCCCACCAGCCUGCCACACGCACACACAAUGCUACCCACGUACCAGCGGGUAAGUGGCGGCGGGAGCGGCACCGCCGGCACGAGCGUCUCCGUGACGAACCCGCUGCUCGGGCGGCGGUCGUUCCGGUCGCGCGAGAAGUGCCUCAUCCUGCUCGUCCUCUCCACGUUCGGGUUCGUCUGCUUCGGCGGGUUCUUCUUCCUGCCGGACAACUUCAGCGCGGACCGGGUGCUGAAGGCGUACAAGCAGUUCCAGCGGGCGGGGCCGGAAAUCUUCAUACCGGCGCCGCCGCCCGCCCACGGCCGCACCGGCGAGGAGGACAUCCACCGGCAGGACGACCGGGUGAAGCUGGCGGAAAAGAUACGGAAGGAGCUGCCGGACGACUUUCUCGAGAAGCCGGACACGGGCGGCGGUGGCGAGGCGGGCGUUGGCGGUGAGGAAACGGAGGGCGGAGAGCAGCAGCAGGCGCGGGACGGUGCCGGAGCGAUCGAUGAGCCGGCGCUGCAGCCGGGUGGCGCCGGUGGUGUGGGCGUUGUGGCCGGCCCGGCCAUCGAGGGCCCGGCCGGGGUGGUGCAGCCGCCCCACCAGCAGCACGCCCCGGAACAGGAGGAAGGCCAGCUGCAGGAGGUGGCGGGCGGGGACAGGCGCGGCGAGAAGGCGCGCGCCCCGGCCGGGCUGCACUUUAACGCGUCCGUCGGCGAGGACCCGGACCGGGCCGUGCGGGAGAAGCGCAACAAAGUGAAGGAGAUGAUGGUGCACGCCUGGAGCAACUACAAGCUGUACGCGUGGGGCAAGAACGAGCUGCGGCCGCUGUCGAAGCGCGGCCACAGCAACAGCAUCUUCGGGUCGUUCGAUCUCGGCGCGACGAUCGUGGACGGGCUGGACACGCUCUACCUGAUGGGCCUGCACAAGGAGUUCGACGAGGGGCGGGAGUGGGUCGAGCGCAAGUUCACCCUCGACAACGUGGACGCGGAGCUGUCCGUGUUCGAGACGAACAUACGGUUCAUCGGGGGCUUCCUCACCUGCUACGCCUUCACCGGCGACCGGAUGUUCCUGGAGAAGGCGCGCUACGUCGCGGACAAGCUGCUGCCCGCCUUCCAGACCCCGACCGGCAUCCCGUACGCGCUGGUUAACGUGCACAAUGGGGUGAGCAAAAACUACGGCUGGGCAAGCGGCGGCAGCAGCAUCCUGUCCGAGUUCGGCACGCUGCACAUGGAGUUCGCCUACCUGAGCGACAUCACCGGCGACUCGGUGUACCGGGAGCGGGUCCAGACGAUCCGGGCGGUGCUGAAGGACAUCGAGAAGCCGAAGGGCCUGUACCCGAACUAUCUCAACCCGAAGACGGGCAAGUGGGGCCAGCAGCACAUGUCGCUCGGUGCGCUCGGCGACAGCUUCUACGAGUACCUGCUGAAGGCGUGGAUCCAGUCCGGGCAGGAGGACUGGGAGGCGCGCGAAAUGUACGACGACGCGAUGCAGGCCAUCAUCAAGCACAUGGUGCGGAACACCCCGUCCGGUCUGACGUACGUGUCCGACAUGAAGUUCGACCGGCUCGAGCACAAGAUGGACCAUCUGGCGUGCUUUGCAGGUGGUCUGUUCGGGCUCGGCGGUACCUCGCUCAACAAUCAGUAUUCCCAGCAGUACAUGGAGAUCGGCGAGGGGCUGACCAACACGUGCCACGAGAGCUACAUCCGCACGUACACCCGGCUCGGGCCGGAAUCGUUCCGCUUCAACGAUGGCGUCGAGGCGAAGGCACUGAAAGCGCAGGAGAAGUACUACAUCCUGCGGCCGGAAACGUUCGAAAGCUACUUCAUCAUGUGGCGGCUGACGCACGACCAGAAGUACCGCGACUGGGGCUGGGAUGCGGUGCAGGCACUCGAGAAGCACUGCCGCACACCGACCGGCUACACCGGGCUGAAGAACGUCUACCUCACCGAGCCGGUGAAGGACGACGUGCAGCAGAGCUUCUUCCUCGCCGAAACGCUCAAGUACCUCUAUCUGCUGUUUUCCGACGACUCGCUGCUGCCGCUGGACGAUUGGGUGUUCAACACGGAGGCGCACCCGCUGCCGGUCAAGGACCGGAAUCCGCUGUACCGUCCGGCGGCCGGUUCCAGCUCACCGUAAAGCGGCGCGCCAAGCGCGGUCGAUGGAGAGGGUCCAACAAUACAGUGACACAUACACGCGCGUGUACACACAAACAGAAACAGAAGAAGAAGAAGAAAAGUAGAAAAAAACAAAACCGCAAGAUUUCUUAUCCCUGUAUCUCAGCUGAAAGGAGCCAGAUAAGUUUGGGCGAAGAAGAGUGUUAAUUUUGCUCGGCCACCGGGUGAUACCUUAUCUCUGUAGUGCGUGGCAGGACAGGGGGGGGAGAGAAGACGGUGGUAGGUAGGAAAAGCAUAAAAAACAAGCAAUAUGGAGCCCAGGAAAAAAAACAAAACACAAAAACACAAUCACACGUUUAGUGUAGGGCCUGAGGUGGGGGUUGGGUGUGGCGAGAGGGAAAUGAGAAGCAAAUUUCAUUCUUUUACCGACAGUUUACGUGCCAAUAGUAUGUGUGUUUGUGUGCGUGUAUGUGUGUGUGUGUGUAAAAGACAAACAUAGGGAGAAAAUGUGGGCGGGAAUUAGGAAAAAUGGGAGUGAUAGGAGAGAUAUAGGUGAGGGCAAUGAGGGCCCAGCAAACGAUCGGGCAAGGCAGUGUACCCAACGGGGUGUACCGAUUAAUCUUAUUCCUCCUAACCAAAAACAAACCAACAAAAAACAAAAGCAAAAAUUAGGAAACACAUUUUAGCAAAUAUUGUAGAGGGGCGCGCGCCACGUCGCAAUAGGGUCCGGUAGAUGUUUUUUUUUUUUUUUAAUGACACUCCCUUUUGCUGCCUCUCCACCUUACCACGGUGCUGAUAUUACCCCCCUCCCUUGUGCACCGCUCUCCUCCUUCACGUUUUUUUUAUUGUGAUGCGUUUCCCUCGAAGCAAUACAACGACUUACUAGCGUGGUGGGCUCAAAGGAGCAAACACACACACACACACACACGCUUCCAUCAUCCCUCCCCCCGCAGCUGCAGCGGUUUGAAACCUGGGCUCCGUGGUGGGGUGUGAGGGUGACGCACGACACCUUCCGCUGGUGGUCGACCUUUUUUUUAUGUAAAGCCGGUCGCCGGAUAAGUAAACUAUGCCCUCUUAUACACCCACACACACACACACAAUCACUGCACUUUGGUUUGGUAGGCGUCCAUUUUUGUGCACAUCUCUAGAUCCCGCACCACCGUUUACGCAACAAACAAAGAAAAAGAAGAAAAGAAAAAGAAGAAGAAAAAGAAAAAAGGAAGAAGAAGAAGAAAAGAAAAGUAAGAAGAAAGAAAAGAAGAAGACGAAGAAGAAGAAGAAGAUGAAAGGAAAAGGAAGAAGAAGAAGAAGAAGAAGAAGAAAAGAAAAAGAAGAAGAAGAAGAAAACACACUCCCACACCUUAACGAAACGAUUUGCGGGAGGGAAGUGGAGAGAGCGAAAGAUAGAGAGAGAGAUAUAUAUAACCAUCUCCCCAUCCCGUUGUAGACUAUCAAAAGGAUAGCGAGAAGUACUAGCACCUAUCUAAUACCAGAGCUAAACACUACCACACACACAGACACACACGCAGAGGUAGGACUUAGUAGUACUAGUAGUAGUAGUAGUAGUAGUAGUAGUGACUUAUAGUGAUAUGUAUAGACAAGGGCCCGGCAGAACUCGGAGGAAAUGGUCCACACUUUUAAUUAAAUCGCUUACUGCUCGGCGACGCUCGUGGGUGUCCUUCCCGGUACCGGAUACAAUCGUGUGUGUGUGUGUGUGUGCUGGUGUGAAAGUGUACAGGAUCAUGGUUGCUGUCACACAACCAUACCUGUACCAAGAAGGAAAACGACCCCCCCCCCCCCCUCCCCUUCAGGGACACAGAUACCGACACACAAACAGAACGGAAAGGAUAAUUUUGAACAAGAGAAUGCAAAAGGAAUGAAAAAAAAACGAUGAUAGGGACUGUGUGCGUGUGUAUGUGUGUGUGUGUCUUUUGUUUAAUUGUUUGUUUUCUUUCUUUCGUUUUCUUUUUAUAUAAUUAUUUAUGUAGAACCUAAGCGAACAGUUGUCUUCGUCCCACCACUCAGCUCUUGUGUUCGGGGUCGUUGUCGUCAUUGUUGUUGUUGUUGUUGUUAUAGUUGUUGUGCGCCACUUUAACAACGGAAACAGGUACCCGGAAAAGGGGGGGGGGGGGGGGGGAGGGGAAGGGCCGGGUAGUCACACGGAUGCCGACGGUGGUGAGCAGCGCGUGCUGCCGGCGGGCGGGAGGCAUACCUUACACCUUUUGUUGUACAUAGCAUAUAUAUCUCUGCUGCGAUGGUGUGUGUGUGUGUGGAUGUGUUUAGUGAGCAGCAAAGGUAAAACAAAACCCUUUUUAAAACGCCCUUCUUCCUUUCCCCCGGUUUUCCCACGCUCGUUUUUCGGCGGUGAUCAUUCUCGCGUGGGAUGAAAAACGCAAUGCAACACUGCAACAGUCGUCGCAAUCUGUUGGAAAAGUUUGCUUGCUAAGGCUAGAAAUGUUUUCCAUUCUUUUUGUUAUAAAAGCAAAAGGCCAUUUCUUCCGUUGGCCAUUUCGGCAGGCCCAAAAAAAAACACAUUCAAACACAUACACACAUUGAUCGCAAAGAGGAGCACUUCGUAGGUAUGGAAUAUGAUGGGGUGCGUUAAGGCAAAUGCAGCGCGGUCGGACAGGGGGGAACAAGAAGAAAAAUUUACUAGAAAUGAUUUACCCUGUUUAGAUGUAAUAGAAAUAUCUUAUAUUUAAAACAAAUAUAUACAUACCUUAGGCUAUAUAUCGUGCAUUAUUAUAACUCUUCUAUAUUAUAUAUCUUAAACGUAAUAAAAAAAAUUAAAUCAUAAUUGCAAAAAAUUAAACAAAAAAAA